UAGACAGAGAGAAACUUUAAUUCCUACGGUCUCUCACCCCGGCUGGACUUGAGUUUAUACUAACCGCUUACGAUUCCUGCACAAACCGAGCUCAUAUUAUAGCUACUUCUACAUUUUCCCGUUUUCAGAUCGAGUUCAAACCGUGAAGCGCAACUUUGGGCAGCGACACGGAAGCGAUGGAGCCCUCCGUCAUCCCCGGUGCCGACAUGUCCGACCUCUACUCCAUUAACCCGUUUAAUGUUUCUUUCCCUGACGAGGUGAUGGGCUUCGUUCCCGACGGGAGGAACUACACCGAGCCUACCCCGGUAAAGAGCCCCGCGGGAAUCAUCAUCGCCAUUUCCAUCACUGCUCUGUACUCCGUUAUCUGCGUGGUGGGACUCUUGGGAAACAUCCUAGUGAUGUAUGGAGUGGUCAGAUACACAAAGCUGAAAACUGCCACCAAUAUCUACAUCUUCAAUUUGGCACUGGCAGAUGCUCUGGCCACUAGUACACUUCCAUUCCAGAGCGCCAAGUAUCUUAUGAACACCUGGCCUUUUGGUGAGCUUCUAUGUAAAAUCGUCAUAGCUAUUGACUACUAUAACAUGUUUACCAGUAUCUUCACCCUCACUAUGAUGAGUGUGGACCGUUACAUUGCCGUGUGCCACCCUGUGAGUGCGCUGGAGUUUCGUACCCCCAUCAACGCCAAAAUCAUCAAUGUGUGCAUCUGGAUUCUUUCCUCUGCUGUUGGAGUGCCAAUCAUGAUAAUGGCAGUUACCAGAGUGACAAACCAAGGUGCAACUGUCUGCAUGCUGAAGUUCCCUGAUCCAGACUGGUACUGGGACACAGUGACAAAGAUUUGUGUAUUUAUCUUUGCAUUUGUGGUACCAGUGCUAGUCAUCACGAUCUGCUAUGGUCUGAUGAUCCUACGUUUGAGAAGUGUCCGUCUUCUCUCAGGCUCUAAGGAGAAGGACAGAAGCAUGCGUAGAAUCACUCGAAUGGUCUUGGUAGUGGUGGCUGCCUUCAUUAUCUGCUGGACACCUAUCCACAUCUUCAUCAUUGUCAAAACACUUGUAGACGUCAACCAGAAGAGCCCCUUUGUGAUUGCCAGUUGGCACCUGUGUAUCGCACUCGGCUAUACCAAUAGCAGCCUCAAUCCUGUCCUCUACGCUUUCCUGGAUGAGAAUUUCAAGAGAUGCUUCCGAGACUUCUGCCCACCCUUCCGAACCAGAGCUGACCAGAAUAGCCUUAACCGAGCGAGGAAUGCCACAAGGGAGCCAGUGUCAGUUUGUGCACCUUCGGAGACAGGAAAGAAGCCAGUAUGACUAGGCCUGGAGAGGAUCCCACGGGGGUCCCAGUCCAGAAGAGUUCAGCAGGACCUGCAAUCUGAGGUCACUCAAAUCUCCACUACUGAAUUCUAGUAAAAGAAUGGAAGAGCCACUUCUUAUAUUUUGGAAAGCAUUCAGCUCCACCGUACUCAAUACUGUCUCAAGUUUUGCAUAUUCAGAAGAUAACCAGAGAAACUGAGUUAAGCAGCUCCUCUCC